AUGAGUUUAUACAUUUCUCUGCUUUUUAAUACAGAUACAUCAUCAUCAUCAUCAUCAUCAUUAAUCAUGGAGAUAACAACAUCAACUUCAAAUUCAUUUAGAUCGACUGGAGGUGAAAAAGAAAAAGAAAAGGACUCUUUCUCUAGCUUUGCUUCCAAGAUUAUAAACAAGGACAAGGAUAAAGAUAAAGAUAAAGAAAAGGAUAAAGAUUCAUCAUCAAACAACAAGGAAAGUGAUAAGAUCAAUAGAUUAUUGGAUAAACUAAAGAAACAAAUCGAAAAGGAAGUACAACAAAAAUAUGCUGGUGAUUUGAAAGAAUUGGAAAAGUAUAGAUCCCAAUCGACAAAGUCGUCAAAGAGUGGUAAUGAUCUUUCAUCAAAGCUUACAAAGUCACCUUCAUUAUCAUCUGAUUUAAAUAAUGGUGGUGGUGGUAGUGGCGGUGGAACAGUUAUUGCUAGUGCAAGUCUUGUAACUCAAAAGGGUACUAGUACUAGUAAUAUUCAUCACCAUCAUCAUCAUACUCUUGGAAGUAGUAACACCACCAAGAAUGAUAACAAUCAUCAACCAGUUGUAUUAAACAUUGGAGGACAAAUCCAUCAAACUUUGAAAUCAACACUUACAAAGAAUAGUGGUUACUUUGAAAUCUAUUUUGGUGAUUAUAAUACUCAACCAAAUCCAAUUACAAAUCAAUAUUUUAUUGAUAAGAGAUGUCAUUAUUUCCAUAUUAUACUGGAUUAUCUUAGAGGAGAAGAUAUUCAUAAUGAAUUAAAAGAGGGGAAAGUGAAUAUAGAUGUAUUCAAACAAGAAUUGAAUUACUUUGAAAUUGAUUAUUCAAAUCUUUUCCCAAAACACAAGUUUGACAAAUUCACCCGUCACAAUAGUAUGGAUGUGGCACCUGGAAACUACACCAUCACUCAUCGUGGUGAAAAGGAUGAACCGAUGGGAAUUAUAUCGAUUAAAGGUUUCAAUAGUGGUAGUCACCAAUGUCGAUUUAGAAUAGACAAGAUCUGCGAUGACUCUUAUUGGAUGUGUUUUGGUACUGCCUAUGCUUCUACUUCCUCUCCAUCUGCUAUUCCGUUUGCAUCUUCCUUUUCACUGUCUAGUCGUGGACAAACCUAUCCAGAAUGUACAGAAGUGUUGGGUCGUGCGGGUGACUGGAUCUCUGGUGAUGUCAUCCGUGUUGAAUUGGAUUUCGACACAAGAACCCAACGCGUCAUCAAUGAAAGAACAAACAAAACGGAAACAUUUUUGGAUUUACCAACCAACAUUGCUCUAUUCUUUUAUGCCAAUUUAUCAAAUCCUGGAAAUCAAGUAUCAAUCAUUUGUGAUCAUGAUUAA